AUGUAGUUCAUACAUGAUUAUGCUAUAAUAGGGGAAGAAGAAAAUGCACAUUAAUAGACUAAUUCAACGCCAUUAAAUUAGCAUUUCUAAAACUUUUCCAAUCUUUUACAAGCUUAAAAAGAGAGAUAAAAAUCCAAAAUAUUUAUGCCAUUAGAUUUGAAUGUUAUCAAUCAAUCAUAAAAUGGAUUCAAAUCUUCCGCACGUUCAAGCCCUCGAAAUUAUUUUGCAAAUAAAUAAGUUCCUAGUGUUGAUAAAAUUAUGGAAAAAAUGGCUAUCAAACAUACAUCUCAUCAUUUAGUUCCAAUAAAAAAAGAAGAAUUUUAUUAAAGAUAAAUAAGAUGGUUAAAUUAGAUAAAACAAACUAACAAAGUCAAAAAUCAAUGUAAAAUUAAUUAAGAAAUAUAAAACUGUCCAUUCAAACCUUUUACUAGUCCUUAACAGAACAUUAACAAAGAAAAAUUAAAAGAAAACUCAAAAAGCAUUUUAAGUCCUUAACCCUUUAAAAAACCAAAUAAAAGAAAUGACUCUUAUACCAAAAUACAUUUAGCAAAGAAAUCAAGUUUGGGAUGA